CCUCCGGAAUUCUCAGGAGAACGAGGAGAGUCCAAAGGAUGGCUACAGAAGUGCACGCUGUACUUCCUAUUCAACGGAACCCAAUUCGACCAGGACGAGAAGAAGAUCAUCUUCGUGUUGAUGCUGAUGACGGGAGGAACUGCAGGACCAUGGGCCAGCGAUUAUAUCACGCAAGCCCAAGCACAAGCAAAUGCGGGGAACGGCAAUCAGCCCAGCUACGGAACAUGGGCAUCAUUCCAGAACAGCAUCAAAGAGUCGUUCGAAGACGUGGACGACGCUGCAAGCGCACGUGUCCUACUCCGGAACCUCGCCCAGGGCAAGAAGCCCAUUGAUGAGUACAUCAUCGACUUCAAGAACAUCAUCUCUCGAUGCGGCAUCUCCCAGUUUGACGUCAUUGCGGACUUCUUCUACCAAGGGCUAAACAAGCCGCUCCGUGACAAGAUGUUUGGACUUUCAGCCAUGCCAACAGACGCAGUCAACCUGUACAAGACGGCAGCACGUCUCGAGCAACAAUGGCGCUUGGGACAAGCCUAUGAUCGAGGAGGAGGACAGAGCCACAAGAAGAACCACUUCAUUCCGCGGCGCUACAAUCACAAUCAGGCCAAGGAGAGAGAUCCUGACGCUAUGGAUGUGGACCGCAUGACAGCCGAAGAACGCGACAAGCAUUACAAGGAAGGACGAUGCUUCAACUGUCACGAGAUCGGACAUCUGUCCAGGAACUGCCCG